ACUGCUGCCAUACUUCUCCACUCCUGUGAAACUAUUCCAAAGCCUAAUGGAGAAGUCACUCACAUUGGUCACGGUGGCUAUAAUCUCCGAGAUGCUUUGCACUGGAAAGAGGCACUAUACAUCAAAUACAGUAGGACUCAUUUUCAUGGCCUCAUGCAUUGUCUCACCAUUAGCAGAAUACUGUGCAUCGCAGCCAAUGACUAUCCAUUCUUGACAAAGUAUGAGAAUAAUUGGGUUGUAGCAGACUUUCUCCAUGUGUACCUCAAGAACAAGUCAGCAUCUACAAAG